CGUCAGUUUAACGCGUUAACACUCACGUAAGAAACAGCAAUAAUGAUGUUACGUGUGUUUCUGUAUUUGAGUUCUGUUGGACUUGUCUUUUCGUCUACAUCUUUCAGUCCACUCCACUGUUAUGACUGCAACUUUAAAACUUUCACAGACGGUUAUGGACUCAAGGCCACUCACCAAGCCUGCGUUGAACCAGAAAAAGAUGGCCACCUCCUGGCAAAAGUAAAGUGUGACACUGCUUGUUUUAACAGACUUGACGAGAACGGCUUCGUCUAUAGAGGAUGUUACGCCGGGAAUUUCGGCGUGGACUCCAGCCAAGACGGUUGCAGUUUUCAAGUUGGGGCCACUUGGUGUUUUUGCCGUAUGUAUCUCUGCAACACUGGACUGAAUUUCACACUGUUGCCGUGACUGUACCGUAACCCUGGAUUUAAACAGAUGGAACUUUUUUUUGGAAUUUUCAGGAUUGCAUAUUUGAAUGAAUUCCGCAAUCUUGUAAACUUAUACACUUGAAAACUGCUGAAAACUGCUCGAAAUUUAUGAAGACGUAAAACAAUGUUGUCCGGGAGACCGUGACGCAUGCAGAAAAGUUGUCUAAUACUAACACGGAUAUGUAUAUGUGAGACAAAAUAUCAAGAUGCAUAUCAACUGACUAUUUUUCUCAAUUCAAAAUUUACACUUCUGCUUGCAUAUGUUUGAUUUCCAAAAGUUAAUAAAAUAAA